AAUCUGCCAUCAAAGAUGCGCGCGUUUGCUUGUCUUGUUCUCAUCGCUUUGGCGUGCGCCGUCCAAGGCGCUCCGUAUCCUCGUAUCGUCGGCGGCAAAGAUGCUCCCAUCGGCAAAUAACCGUAUCAGAUAUCGUUAAGAUUUCUCGGCUCGCACAUAUGCGGCGGAUCCAUACUAGAUACUCGUAACGUAUUAACUGCAGCGCAUUACGUAGAUGGAAGGAGCAGCUAUCCCGAAUAUUUCUCAGUUCAUGCUGGCACGAACUUUCUAAAUGAAACGGGAGACGAGUAUAAAGUAGAAAAUAUGAGCAUCCAUCCGAAGUACGAUAGUUAUCUCAUCAGGAAUGACGUUGCUGUGCUUCAUCUCAAGAAACCUAUCAAAUACAGCGACAAGGUGAAGGCAAUAUCACUUUCGAGAAAUGACACAGGUCGUGAAAACAGAUCCUGCACGUUAUCCGGAUGGGGAACCACUAGGCUUGGUGGCAACGUUCCGAAAGAAAUUGAUUUGAUAGUUUAUCCUCAAGACAAAUGCAAAGACGCACAGUGUCAUAAUUGCACCUUUACCAAAGCGGGACAAGGAGCGUGUCAUGGCGAUUCUGGCGGACCAUUGGUGGCCAACGGCACUCAAAUUGGAAUCGUUUCCUUCGGUACACCUUGCGCGCGUGGAUAUCCGAACGUGUACACGAGAGUGUUCAGUUACGAAAAUUGAAUCAACGCGCAUCUUAUAAAAUAAAGGACUAUUUAUUCUUAUAUCAAAUCUCAAUCUUAUAUAAAGGACUAUUUAUUCCUAUAUCAAAGUCACUUCAAUGUGUAUUUACGAAAC